AGCAUGCUCGGAAAAGCCCGGCGUGCUCAGCCAGCCGUCCAGUCAGGCCUCAGUGGUGCCCUGCCGCCUCCAAUCUCCGGAGAUAAAAAGAGAGGGAGAGAGCAGGACGGCGGCGAUGGAGGUGACGAUGCAGUGGUACUCGGUGGCCGCGCUCCUCACGGUCCUCACCAGCUCCCAGGGUAUAUUGACUACUCUUUCCCAGAGCAAUGGCAAAUAUAAGUAUGACUAUGCCACGAUUCCCUUUCUAGCAGAACUAUUCAAGUUGUCUGUCUCAAGCUUCUUACUUUGGAAGGAAUGCCAGUCCUCGCCUCCACCAAGGAUGACAAAGGAAUGGAGGACUGUGCGGCUAUAUCUUGUUCCCUCAGUCAUAUACCUCAUCCACAACAAUGUCCAGUUUGCAACCUUGACCUAUGUUGAUCCAUCUACCUAUCAGAUAAUGGGAAACCUGAAAAUUGUCACAACUGGAAUAUUGUUUAGGCUUGUACUAAAAAGGAAGCUGUCAAAUCUCCAAUGGAUGGCAAUUGUUUUACUGGCUGUUGGUACAACUACUAGUCAGGUGAAAGGAUGUGGAGAUGCACCGUGUGAUUCUCUUUUCUCAGCACCAUUUCAGGGUUACAUGCUUGGCAUACUUUCCGCUUGUCUUUCAGCUCUAGCUGGUGUCUACACAGAGUAUUUGAUGAAGAAGAACAAUGAUAGUUUGUACUGGCAAAAUAUACAAUUAUACACGUUUGGAGUUAUGUUCAACAUGGGAUGGCUAGUUUAUGGUGACUUUAAAGCUGGAUUUGAGUUGGGUCCAUGGUGGCAACGCCUCUUUAAUGGUUAUUCUAUCACAACAUGGAUGGUUGUCUUCAAUUUAGGGUCUACUGGUCUACUAGUAUCAUGGUUGAUGAAGUAUUCAGACAAUAUAGUCAAGGUGUACUCAACUUCAAUGGCCAUGCUUUUGACGAUGGUUUUAUCUAUAUAUCUUUUCAGUGUGAAAGCUACAAUUCAGCUUUUCUUAGGCAUUAUCAUCUGCAUAAUUUCCUUGCAGAUGUAUUUUAUGCCUGUGCACAUGCUUGUUGAAUUGCCACAAACAUUGCCAGUUACAUCAAAAUAGGUCAAUGUCACUGUUAGCUAACCUAUUGAUUGGAGUGUAGGACACUGUUGCUUGAAGAAGCAAGUUGAUUAUCUGUAGCUCAGCUCUAUUUGAGUCAUCCAUUAGAAAUUUGAGUCUGCAAUCUCAACAGCUAUGUUUAGUUUCAUGCUGCAGAGAAGGUGAAUCAACUGUGAGGAGAGCAUGUAAUACCAUAAGGUUAACUCAUAUGAGCUUUCCUAAUUUUAUUCAGGUAAAGGACAGAUGCUGAUUUGUAUAAUAGUAUCUUAGGAAAAGGAAAUCCAUACAAAUAUUCUUCAACUAGUGCAAAACGGUUCAUUCACCUUGUAUUCAAAAUUUUGAUAUUCACAUGACAGAAUAUAUACAAAACUGGAUAAUGAAAUGAGUUCUAGCA